AUGAAGGAGAAGGCGGAGAGUGGUGGCGGAGGAGGAGUCGGAUACGUGAGAGCCGAUCAGAUAGAUUUAAAGAGUUUGGACGAGCAAUUGCAGAGACACUUAAGCAGAGCAUGGAUGAUGGAGAAGAGGAAGAUGAAGCUACUAGACUGGGGAGAAGAGGGACACAGGUCAGACGCGGAGAUAGCUUCGCUGAGAGCUGCCUUCACUCAAGAAGUUGCUGUUUGGCAUAAGCUUGACCAUCCCAAUGUCACCAAGUUCAUAGGAGCGGCGAUGGGGACAUCGGAGAUGAGCAUACAGACGGAAAAUGGGCAAAUGGGAAUGCCGAGUAACGUGUGCUGCGUCGUCGUCGAGUAUUGCCCUGGCGGCGCUCUCAAGUCUUUCCUCAUCAAAACGCGCCGCCGCAAACUCGCCUUCAAAGUCGUUAUCCAACUCUCCCUUGACCUAGCCCGCGGGUUGAGUUACUUGCACUCGCAGAAGAUUGUGCAUAGAGACGUGAAAACGGAGAACAUGCUUUUGGACAAGUCUCGCACGUUGAAGAUUGCAGAUUUUGGUGUGGCUCGUCUCGAGGCCUCCAACCCUAAUGACAUGACCGGUGAGACCGGAACCUUGGGCUACAUGGCUCCCGAGGUGUUAAAUGGGAGUCCGUACAACAGAAAGUGCGAUGUGUAUAGCUUCGGGAUAUGUCUUUGGGAGAUUUACUGUUGCGACAUGCCUUAUCCCGACCUCAGUUUCUCCGAAGUUACCUCCGCCGUCGUCCGCCAGAAUCUGAGACCGGAGAUACCGAGAUGUUGUCCGAGUGCGCUGGCGAACGUGAUGAAGAGAUGUUGGGAUGCGAACCCGGAGAAGAGGCCGGAGAUGGAUGAAGUGGUGGCGAUGCUGGAGGCAAUUGAUACUUCUAAAGGCGGAGGAAUGAUUCCCCCCGAUCAACAGCAAGGCUGCUUUUGUUUCCGGCGACACCGAGGCCCGUGA